AUGGACUCUAAGUACCAUGUAGUCUGCGCUCCCACGCGACUCACAUUGACUAGCACAGCGGGUCCGCGUGGCUCAGAAUGGCGACGCGGGGUAUCUAGCUUCACGUCGCGGUUGUUUCGCCUUAGAUGGUCCCGGCCGUCAGAAGAUAGUAACCAUUUGCUUCGCACUAAGAAGGUUAGCCCUCCGCCGUCACCAGUCUCCGGAAAAUGUUCCAAGUGGACCCGCACCUCCCCUACCCGCCUACGCCGUUUCACCCGCCUUGCCAUCCUCGCCGUCGCUUUUCUCCUCGCUCUUUUUGCCGUCAUCGAUCUGACAAGAUUAGCCCUCACGGACGGCCCAGAUGAAGAAGGAGGAUUAUUCUCCUCGAGCGCUGCUGGAGGCCGAUGGAGUCCCCAAUUCAAAUCGCGCUGCUCGAAGCGCUGCUCGCGCCGCGGCACGUGCAACGAGGAGCUCGGUCGCUGCGACUGCCCCGCGGGGUUCACGGGCGACGCGUGCGAGGCCGACGCCUUCCCCUCAUGCCAGCUUGCGCCGGGCUUCCGCACGCCGUGCGCGUUCCCCUCCACCUGCGCGUGCGCGCGCGAGUGCCGCGCGUUUCACCUCAUCGGCCCCGGCGCGCUGUGCUUCAACGCCUCCCCCAACGCCUCCGCCAUUCCGCCACGGUCGCUGGCGGACAUCUUCCGCGCGGAGGUCAUCACGGUCGGCGCAGCGGAAGAUGAGGAUGAGGCGGAAUGGCCGAGCACAGGGAUGGCGGAUAGGGGAACGCAGAGUGGCGCGGGGAACGGCGCGAUUUCAUCCGCGAUAGUGUCCAGCAGUCCACGCGGCCCUAGCAGAUUGCACAGCAACGAUCUCCCCGCGUUGCGCAAGAGCUCGCGGAGAUGGGACGGGGGGCGCAAUGUGCGGUGGAAAGGGGCGGGCGCACGGGACAUGCCGCCAGGGGGCGCGUGGAAUGACUGGGGAAGCGCGGCUGGCGUGGGAGCAGCGGGCUUAGGGGGGAGAGGACAGGCAGCGCGCGGGCGGGUGGCGGGCGGAGCGCAGAAGCAGGUGUGGGCGCAAUACACGUGGCAGUUGCGGAAGCGAUACACGGACCCGCGGGAAUGCCCCCUGGGGUGCUCUGGUCGCGGGCUGUGCCGUGACGCGUCCAAGACCUGCGCGUGGCGGUACGCGGGGCCGGGGUGCGAGGAGGAGCGCGCGGGGGGCGUGCGGUGUGUGAACGAGUGCAGUGGGCGCGGCAGGUGCGACGGUGGCACGUGCGCGUGCCAGGCUGGCAGCUUCAGCAUUGAUUGCUCGCUGUCGCUGGAUCCCAGCACGGGAAACAUAAGCGUUCUCUCCAACCCCACCUUCAGAUGGCCGCCCCAGUCCCCGCCCUUCCGAGCAGCGCUACAAGACAAGAAUCCCCGCCCACGACUGUACGUGUACGAGCUCCCCCCAGAGCUGAACACGUGGCAGUGGGAGCAGUCGGGCGCUCUGGAUCAUCCCGAGGGGGUGGUGUUCCUGGAGAGGCUGCUGGCGGAUGGGCGGCGCACGGCGGAUGGCGAGCAAGCGGAUUACUACUAUGUGCCGCUGGUUACCAGGAAUCGCGGGCAAAUGAGCAUGGGGGGCAUGGAGAUGGGCGCAUAUGGUGGCACAGCGAUGGCGGGGUGGGACGCCAUUGACGCCGCUGUGACGUACAUCAGCCGCCACUGGCCCUUCUGGAACAGGACAAACGGUGCCGACCACGUCUUCCUGCUCAACGGCGACUGGGGGGCGUGUGAGAUGCGGCCAAGGGAGGGCAGUGGCGGGGGAGAGAACUGGGGGAGAUUGGGAGUGGCGGAGGGUGAGGGGGAGGGGAUGGUGCUGCAGAGGCAUCCGAGGCUGGAGCGAGCUGUGGUGCUCACGCCCUGGGGGUACGGGGGAGCAGCAGGCGGGGCGGGAGGGUGGGGGUGGACGGAGGGCAGGAGGGGCGAGGCAAACAGGGGGAGAGGGGCGCAGAUGCAGAUGCAGAUGCAGCAGCAGGGUCCUGAGGGCAAGUGCUUCAUGGCGGGGCAGGACGUGGUGAUCCCCCCGCUGUUGCCCCCCUCCGUGGUGCUCGCCUCUCCCUUCGUGCGCGAGCCCCUUGAAGGCACCCCCGACCGCAACACUCUCCUGCUCUUCGUUGUUAGAGGGGCGAGGGGAAGCGGAGGGGUAGGGGCAGGAGCAGGGGCAGGGACAGGGGGGAGGAUGGGCAAAGCAGGAAAAGCAGAGGGGGUGUGGAGUCCGGGGGCCGGGGUGGGUAUGAGAGGUGGGGAAGCGAUGGCAGGAGGCGAGUGGGUGGGGAGGCCUGGAGGAGGAGGCUGGGGUGCGGCGCACAGGGACCCACGUGCUGCUUCGUCAUUGGCCGCGGGGCUUGUACCGAAUGAGCGUGUAUCGAGUAUAGGUGCACAGUUCCUGCAACUCUUCUCCCACCGGCAGCAGCAGGUUGGGUUCCGGAUCAUGCACGUGGGCGCAUCGGGCAGGGGGGCAGUGCAGGAGGGGCAAGACGGGGACUGGGAAGAGGCAGGGGAGGAGAGGGAGGAGGGGGAGGAGGAGGGGGAGAAGGGCAAAGAGGAGAGUGCAGUGACAGAUGCCAUGUUGCGGGCGCAGUUCUGCUUUGCGCCCACGCCCGCCACGGGCUACAGUGACACUAUAGUGCGCGCGGUGCUCCUCGGCUGCAUCCCCGUCAUAGUCCAGCCCAACACACAGCACCCCUUUGCGAGCGCCAGUGCUGCUGGCACGGAUGCAGCAGCAGGUGGUGGCACCAUCCACUGGCCGUCCCUGGCGCUCUUCCUGUCUCCCCAGCAGCUGCCAGAGCUCCCGGAGAUUCUCCGAGGCAUCACCUCAGAAGAGGUGGCUCGGCGCCGCACUGCCAUGAAGGCCGCCUGGCCGCGCCUGCUCUGGGCCUCCCCACAAUACAGCCCCCUCUCGCCCUCCCCCUCCUCUCUGCUGUAUCUGCAGAAGAAGCUGCGCCCGCUGCUCGCCUCCUCGGAUGCUUUUUCGUCUGUCAUGGCUGUUCUCGGGCGGCGAGUUCGGGCAGCUGAAGUUUCGGCUGUGCAGGGGAUGGUGACGCUGCCAGCGGCAGGGGGGCAGGUGGGACCUGGCCAGGUGGUAUCUGGGCAUCUUCUCUCCAUUCCUCCUUCCCCUCCGCCCUCCCCUCAUCCCUCCCCUCCUCCCUCUCCUCCUCCUCUCCUCCCUCCAACUGCUCCUCCCUCUGCUUUCUACGGGGCACGUGCAAUGAGGCCACUGCCACGUGUCACUGCGUGCCUGGCUUCACAGGCAAGCACUGCCACGUGUUGGCCAUGCCCAGCUGCCAGCUGGCGCCGGACGGGUGAGAGCCGCCCUGAUUGGCUGGAUCAAGGGCAGGAAGGGGACGAUGAGCCCAAGGUGAAGGAAGAGGAAGCGUGGGGUGACUUUCCAGGAAGGCGCGGGGCGUGGGUGGACGUGGGGAGGCUGUAUGAGCAGCGGCAGGUGGCGCUGGUGCUGGAUGGGCGGGGGAACGAGGUGGGGCCUCGGGAGACUGUGCGCGGAGGGGGCGGGGGGGAAGGGGAGGGGAGGGAGGAGGACGGAGGGGGGUUUGGGGCGCCGCACGAGUGCCCGUACAACUGCUCGGGCGUUGGCGUCACGUCUCAAACUCCCCUUUCCUCCUGCCCCUCCUCGUCGUUCAUUGUGCCCCCCACCAGCUGCCCUGCGCUCUACUCAGGCGCUGGCUGUGAGCAGCCGGGCUGGCUGCCCUUCGACUGCUUCGGGGCCUGUGGCGCUCACAGCAUGGGGGGGGAGGGGGAGGGGGAGGAGGGGGAAGAGUAUGGAGGGGACGGGGAGGGGGAGCAAGGUGGGGGGAGAGGAGCGGGCGGCGAGUGUGUGGAGGGAGUGUGCAAGUGUGCGCGGGGCACGUUUGGCAUUGACUGUGCACUUUCCCUCGACGCCCACGGCGCCACCACUCUGCACCGCCGCAGACCCUUCCUCUGGACCGACGCCGUCCCGCCGUCCUCCCCUGCCCUCGUGUCCGCUGCCCGGCCGAAAAUCUUUGUGUACGAGCUGCCCGGGUACUUGAACACGUGGCAGGGCGUGCUGGGGGCGGGGAGGGGCCGGUGGGAGGGGUAUGUGUUUCUGGAUGCGCUGCUGACGUCAGCAUGGCGCACUGCUGAUCCUGAGGAGGCUGACCUGUUUUACGUGCCCCUGCUGCUGCGGCACCGAGGCACAGCGAAGCAGAGUGUGCUGUCGUGGGCCAUCGAGCACAUAAGGGACGCGUGGCCCUACUGGGACCGCCACGCUGGCGCCGACCACGUCUUCCUCGCCAAUGAUGACUGGGCGGCAUGUGAGGUCGGCGAAGCCGGGCGGCGAGACCCGAUGCUGGCACGCAGCACAGUGCUGUCGCUGUGGGGAUACUCGGGGAACAUGCCGCUCGAUGCCGCCCUGCCUGGCUGCUUCAUUCCCGGGCAGGAUGUUGUUAUCCCGCCCGUUCUGCUGCCCGAGGUGUAUGAGGCGGCCAUGGGCGUGCAAGGAGAAAACGGGCAUUCUGGUGGCCGGGAUAUUUUCUUCUUCUUCCGCGGGUUCGAUGGGCGGGAUGUGGAACCAGUGUUGGGCUUUAACUACUCGUUUGGGGUGCGGCAGGCCCUGUUUGACUGGUUUGACUCGCUUGACUCCGCUGCUGCUGUGCCCAAGGGGUUUGUCAUAGAACGCACACCGGGGGAGGGGGAUUUCGGGGAGGGGCAAGGAGGAGUGGGAGGGGAGACGGGCGGAAAGGGAGGGUACUUGGAGCAGAUGGCUCGGUCGGUGUUCUGUCUGGUGGCCGGCGGGUGGGGUGCUGAUGAGACGGCCACUCAGGCGGUGACACUCGGAUGCAUCCCAGUGAUAAUACAGCCCAAUGUGAGCAUGCCUUUUGAAGGUGAUGGUUUUCUGGACUGGGACGACUUCUCAGUGAGGCUGACUCCUGCAGACAUUCCCCAUCUCCACGGCAUCCUCACCAGCAUCCCUCCACAAGAUCUCGCUCUGAAGCAAGCUGCGCUGCGGCGAGUGUGGGCCAUGGCGAGCGGAGGGGAGGCCGGGGUGGCGGUCGCAGACCCGCGGAACGACGAGCGUAUGGAGCGACGCGACGAGGGAUCCCAUGCUGACGUGGAGGAAGCGGAUGAUGACGGGAUGAUGGACCACUUGAGCGACCCGGGUGUUUAUUUCCAGCAGGAGUCAGCGAACGACGCGGCGCUGUCGCAGGCCAUGCGAUGGUGCAGCCCGGACGACGACGUCGCGAACAAGUCCAACUAUUCGCACACGACGCCGGUCAGCCCUACCGCAGGAGACCUAAAUGGCUCUCCUGAAGGGGGUCGCGGGGACGCGGAGUUGGCGCGCGAGGAGGCGGAGAAGCGCGCGUCGCUAAGCGACGCGUCGGUGGAGAAUGUCGCGCUGUGGAGUCGCAGUCGCACGACGAUGGAGCACGACGACUACGACCGCAUGUUCGACGCGCACGGCGGGCUCCAGCUGGGCGGCGACCGCGGUAAGAUGCGUGCAGACGGGGACGCGGAAGACGAGGAGGGUGAGAGGGACGAGAGGGACGAGAGGGGGAAGUUUGAGGAGGGUAGGGACGAAUCGUGUGGUUAUCGGGAUGAGACGGGAGCCGACAGAUUCGGCGUGAAUGGAGAUUAUGAUGACGAUGACGAUAACGAUAACCGUCACGGGAGUGAUGACGUCAUGGGGUUCCAGUUCUGGCGCACGUCGCUUCCGCAGGACGGCAGCGCGGACGGGCAGCACGCGGACGACGCGGAGUCGGCGCACGCGGCGGAGUACGGUACAAUGUGGCACAACAUGACGGGGCACCUAGAGAAUAUGAAGGACGACUGGGCGGAGGCGCAGGCGGUGGCGGAAGGGGAGGCGGGGAGCGGGAGCGAGGCGGAAGCGGACGACGAUACGCGGAGCCAGGCGUCCGCGCACUCCGACACGGCGCUGCUCCUGGAUCACCUGCAGCUGGGGGUGUCCGGGCCGCUGUCGGUGCUGCCGUGGGACGAGGAGGCGGAGGAGGAGGCGGCGCAGGAGGCUGCGCGGGAUGCGCGGGAGGAGAUUCGCGCGGCACGGGCGGAAAUGUACUUCAGUCCGGAGGCGGAGGAAGCGGAAGCGCCAAGAGGGGGAGAAGAGCCGUUUUCCCUGGGCCCGUCCGCCGUCGAUGCUGGGGGCGUGGAUGGCCUUCCGCAGCGGGACGCUUCCGCCAUCCCCGCCGCAGAGGACGUUGGCGCGGGGGAUUCCGCAGCCAGUGAGGGCGCAAGCAGCGACCAAGCGGGGCGGACUGAGCCCCGCUCCGACAUGCUUCUUCCGCGCAUCCGCACCACGGGGGACCUCCUCCUUGCCUGUCCGCCCACAGGCGCAUCUUCCCCCGUCGGCGCAGCCGCAGUCGGCGCGGACGCGGUUGCUGCGGACGUGCAGUCCAUGCCGGAGCUUGGGGACGUGCAGCUCUCCGCAGCGGAAGGAAGCGCAGGCGCGGGGGCCAUAGGCGCGGGGGAGGGCAUUGGCGGAGCGAUUACCGCGGGGAAAGCGCCAGGAGAGGCGAAGGAGGCGGGGAAGGCGGGGGAGAUGACGGCGAUGUGGCUGGCGGGCAUGCCGCGCGUGGAGGCGUGGGUGCGCUGCCUCCCGCGCGGGCAGUGGGAGCCGUCUGAGAGCAUCGAGCACUGGAGCAGCAUCGGCAGCAAGGGCGGCGCCAGCAGCAGCAGCAGCGCGGUACUCCCGCCGCAUUCCCCCCCCGCACCCCACCACCACCACCACCAUUCCUCCAGCGGCAUGAGCAAGCGCUCCAUGUCGCACGGCCACAUGCACGGGGGGGGCGCGGCGGCGGCGGGGAACCUGCAGGCGGCGGUGGCGGUGGGGGCGGCGGUGGCGGUGGGGGCGGCGGCGGCGGCGGAGCAUGCGGGGAGGGUGGUGCGCGGGCUGGACAAGCACGCGGCGGCCGUGUACCUCUCCAUGCGCGGGCUGCUCGUGGUUCCGCCGCUGGGCGCGUUCUCGUCGCUCAAGACGCUCGACUUAUCUCGCAACAACAUCAGUGAGUGGGGCGCGCGUGCUGCUCCAUGUGUGCAACCUUGUCAUCCCCCCUCCCCACCAACCCUCCCUUCCACCCCCCCCUUACCGCCUUGUGUGUGCUGCUUGGAAGCUGGCCCUCCCUCCUCCCACGGUGUCUUUCAUCCCAGUAAAAGGCUUGCGUCGGUGGCAACGGGAGUGCUGCCGCGGUCGCUGCACAUCCUGGACCUGUCGCACAACCGCCUGGCCGCCGUGGAGGGGCUGCGAGAGCUCUCACGCCUCAAGGUGCUCAACCUCUCCAACAACCGCCUCGCCCGCAUCGGCCACGGGCUGUCGGGGUGUGUGGCGUUGAGGGAGCUGUACCUGGCGGGCAACAGGGUGGGCGAGGUGGAGGGGCUGCACCGCCUGCUCAAGCUCACCGUGCUCGACCUGGGUGCCAACAAGGUCACCACCACCAAGGCCCUUGGCCAGCUCGCUGCUAACUACGCGUCGCUGCGUGCGCUCAACCUCGCGGGGAACCCCAUUCAUGUGAACCUUGGGGACGAUGCGUUCAAGCGGUAUCUCAUCGGCCUGCUGCCCCAGCUGCUGUACCUGAACCAGCGCCCUAUCAAGACGCCCUCGUCACGCGACGCGCUCUCCGACCCGCUCAAAUCGCGCGGGGCCGGCGCGCCCCAGCUGCACCACGGGCACUCCUCGCGCUCUGCCUCCCGCACCGUUGGUACCAGCACCUCACGGCACCGCACUGGCGGGAGCAGCAGCAGUGGGCUCCGGAAGGCUGCGACGGGAGGGACGAGCGGGUCGGCGAGUGGAGGGGGGUCGAAGGAUGGUCACCACAGGACGCACCAUGGGUCGAGCAGUGGGGCUCACCAUUCGUCGCGCACUCGCACGGCCACGGGCGGGCAUUCGACGCAUCGGAGUAGGUCGGGCGUGGCUAGUGGGAGCAGUGCAGGAGUGGGGGAGAAGUCUCGGCAUCACCACCAUCAUCACCAUUGA